UGAUUGAGCUUCUGCCCUAAAUCUAUUCGAUCGUACACGGGAAGAAGGAGAAACCUAGAAAGCAAAAAUAGAUAUUUCGGUUCGAGGAUUUUCUCCAUCCAGUUGCGAUCGGAUCUGGGUGUAAUUUCGGCGAACCCGAUUCCGUCCUUCGAUUUGGGCGAGAAAGUCUCCAACUUUAUCACUCUCUUUGUUCAUCCCUUCUGGUCAAAACCCUAAUUCGGGGAUUUUUUUUCUCCUGCGUUUAUCUCUUUUUUUUUAUCCGCUAGGAUUCUAUCUGUGUCUGCUUCUACCGUGAUCGAUCUUCGAUCAGCCGAUGCUUUAUCUUGAACUGGAAUCUGGGAAGGUUCUAGGUGAAAUUUACCGGAAAGAUUGAAAAUUUUGUUGAAGUACGGAAUUUGCAGAGCUUGUGGCGAUGUCUUGGACAAGUCCUGAAGAUAUUUAUCUUUCUACUUCACUCGCCAGUUAUCUCGAUAGAAAGCUUCUUGUGCUGCUUAGAGAUGGCAAAAAGUUAAUGGGAACUCUCCGUUCCUUUGAUCAAUUCGCCAAUGCGGUUCUUGAAGGUGCGUGCGAGAGAGUAAUUGUGGGUAAUGAUUACUGCGACAUUCCUCUAGGCCUCUAUGUGAUCCGUGGAGAGAAUGUUGUUUUAAUCGGCGAGCUGGACACGGAGAGAGAAGAGCUUCCACCACAUAUGCGUCUGGUCAGUGAGCCUGAAAUUAGGAGGGCGCAAAAGGCGGAGAGGGAAGCGAGUGAGCUGAAAGGGACAAUGAGGAAGAGAAUGGAGUUUCUUGAUUUCGACUAACGGGUUUGCCCUGCAUUCUCUUCUCUUCACUCAGUGUCAGUUUGGUUCUCAAGUUUUAUGGUGAACCAGUGGUUAUGCUAUGUUGUUGAUGAUCCCAUCUUCUAGGUUGUGUACCAUUUGCCUUUUUUUUUGGGGUGUAAUUUCAAUUUUAUUCCCAAAGUUGGGGAAAAGACUAGAGAUGGAACUUACCUCAUUCUAAACAUGGGAUCAUAAUUUAAAUUGUCCCCCCCCCCAA